AUGGAAGGAGCAGGAUCAUGGAGUGCAGUUUCCCUACCAUCAGAGGAGAAUGCAGUACAUGGUGCUUCUGACCCUAUUGACAAACCAGCAUUGACUGUGGCUUCUGAGGAGGAUCCAAUGGAGGAUAGUGAUGACACCGUGCCCGACUAUACUCCAGCUGAGCACCCGUCUGAGCCCGACUAUACCCUAACUGAUCACUCCAGCCCAGAGCCUUCCGAGCCCAUUCAUUCACCAGACUACACACCAGUUGGACUCGAGCUUCUCAGCUCUGAGUAUAAGCCAAACGAGGAUGAGGAGGAUUCUGCCACCUCCCCAGAGAUCUCACCACCUCUUCCUACUCCCUGA